AUGUCAGUGCACGUCAUUUUGGACACUUUCGAGUUGGGACCCGCCCCCACUGACAAGAGCAGAGGGAGGAGAGAGGAGACAGAGGAGAGGGAGGAGAGAGGAGUCAGAGGAGAGGGAGGAGAGAGGAGACAGAGCAGAGGGAGGAGAGAGGAGACAGAGCAGAGGGAGGAGAGAGGAGACAGAGGAGAGGGAGGAGAGAGGAGACAGAGCAGAGGGAGGAGAGAGGAGACAGAGCAGAGGGAGGAGAGAGGAGACAGAGCAGAGGGAGGAGAGAGGAGACAGAGGAGAGGGAGGAGAGAGGAGACAGAGCAGAGGGAGGAGAGAGGAGACAGAGCAGAGGGAGGAGAGAGGAGACAGAGAAGAGGAGACAGAGGAGAGGGAGGAGAGAGGAGACAGGAGACAGAGAAGAGGAGACAGAGAAGAGGGAGGAGAGAGGAGGGGCUGGACAUUGUCCACAGACUGUAUACAGAUGGACAAUGCUAA